AUGAAAAAGUGUACAUUCUUGGUUCCUAGUCUUGUCUUCUUGGGGUAUAUUGUCUCAAGUGAAGGGGUACGAGUUGAUCCUUCUAAGGUAGAAACCAUUUCUUCUUGGCCAGAACCAAAGAAUGCACAUGAUGUGAGAAGUUUUUAUGGGCUGGCAAGUUUUUAUAUGCGUUUUAUUUGCAAUUUUAGCACCAUAGCAACCCCUCUUAUGGAACUUACAAAGAAGCGUGAAUUUGUUUGGACUCACAAUGCAAAGAGGGCCUUUGAAGAAUUGAAAGCUAGCCUAUGUAAUGCACCAAUUCUUGCUUUACCAGAAUUUUCUAAACUCUUUGAGGUUGAAACAGAUGCUAGUGGCUUGGGAAUAGGUGCUGUGCUUCUACAAGAAAAACGUCCUAUUUUUUAG